AUCAGUCCGCUCUCAGCGCGGCGUCACGGCGCUGCAGUGCUUUACUGGACCGGGCUGUGCUGGAGCUGCUGGCCGCUCCGCUCUCGGCACGACUGAGUGAACAGAAGCCGGUGUGAGAGACCGGGCCCGCCGCUGAGACCCUCUGCGAUGGAGACAGUGUCUUUUUGUUGUGAACAGCUGAGCGCCGUAGGAGUGAGUGAAGGGUGAAACACGUGGCAUAUGAGCUCAGGGAGUGAUAGAGCGAGAGUGAGAGAGAGAGAGAAGGGAAGGGAAGAGAAGAGAAGAGAAGAGAGUUGAACUGCGGGUUCAGUCUGAGGAGCCGAGCGCGCUGAGGAGCAGCUCAGUCAACAGCAGGGAAGUUCGCUCGGCUAGCAGCUUAGCUAGAAACCCACACAUAAGCGACGGCGGUCUCGGUUCAGUUUAGGUGGUCUUAAGUUAUUUUAGUUAGGCUACUGUUUCUUAUUUUACCACAAACCAUGAGGGGAACCGUUACCCUGAGCGUCCUGCUCGUCUUGUGCUACAGUUCCUUCACAAGAGGUGACCUUGACCCAGGCCCAUCCCUGGCUCCUACCAACUCUAGCCUGCCAGAAACCCCAUCACCUCCCAACCACAACUCCUCUCCUAUAGAUCCCAGCUCCCCUGCAAUCUCUACACCUUCACAUCUUAAUACCUCCUCAGAGGUAUACAGCAGUACUGCAGCUCCACUUUCAGCUAAUGACACUGUUGGCCACAGUGGAAAUGACACCACAGACGCCAUCAGAAACAGCACAGAGGCACCAGCCUCUACCACAGCAGCUGCUGGUACUGCAGUCGCACCAGUGAGCAGUACAAGUGUUUCUGGAAACCUCACGUACAGUACAGAGGGAUCUGGCCUUUCAACAAGAGAUAACCACACUCUCUCCACCACGACAGCACCCACCACUCCCACCCUGACAAGCACCCAGUCACCCAAAGCCAAGUCCCAUUCCAGCACACCAGCUCCCACCACAGUGUCUCAGACCCUUUCUGCCUUGACAACUGUGUCCCAGAAUACCACUGCUAGCCGAACGUCGACAAUCACCAGCCCAGAGGCGGCAACUGCUCAAUCCAAGCAGACAUCUUCAACAGUUACUACUAAAGGAGCAAGUACUACAACCACAACCACCACCCUUCAGACUACAGAGACCAGCAAGCCCCACAGCAGCACUGAAGCUCAUGCAGACACACCCUCUGAGCUGAAUGUCGGAGAUGAAUCCAGUGCUACCAUGGAUCCGCUCUUGGCUGGCCUUGUGUCCGUGUUUGUGGUGACUGCUGCUAUUGUCUCCCUCCUAAUAUUCCUGAAAUUCAGACGCCAUAACGAGCGCCCAGAAUUCCGUCGACUCCAAGACCUCCCUAUGGACGAUAUGAUGGAGGACACCCCUCUCUCCAUGUACAGCUACUGAGUGACUGAGAGAAACGCUUAAAGCCGUGAAUGAGACACAGGCCUCCUCUGAGCUCACCUGCCCUGAAUCCCACCAUUCCUUUAUUUCAGAAGAGAAGUUUUGUUUUUAAGGGGCCAUCACUUUUAACCUGUCUUUAUUUUUUAAGGGGGCAUCUCAUGCACUCCUGUAAGGGGAAGGUAACUCAAAAUCCUGGGCCAAAGUAAAAUGUUUUUAUUUCUGUUAAAGAAGGAAAAUGAAUAGAAGGGAGAGGCUUAGUCCUUUUUUUUAAAUCCCUCACAGUGAGGGUGAACGAUUCUGCUUAAAUACACCCCCCAUCAAGAUCCACUAGUUCACUGCCCAUUAGUGACACCCACUGCACAAAUGACAUCCGAUUCAGUCAAAGAACCUGAAUCGUAGCUUAUUUUGUGAAAUGACGAGCUUAAAGUAAUUAGAGGGAACCAAAUACAAAGACCAAAGGAGAAAUGUGCCUUUACCACAAAAUAUUGAAGCUCCAGGCCAGAUUUAAGUGGAAUCAGUGUAUUAAAACUAUUCUGUAUGUUUAGGAUUUUUUUUCCUAAUGUGUGUGUUCUGGUUGCUGUAGAAGUGGAUUUUUAUACACAACUUGCAGGCAGGAGAUGCAGCGCAAUCUUUGAAGAUCAUCAGGACAGCCAGGGGUUGACCUUCGAUCCUGAUCUUAUAUUAAUACAGCAGACCAAUUUGAAAUGUGUAAAAGGUGCCCAAGCAUGUAAUUCACAUGCAGUGUAGCUCAUGUGUAUAAGCAAAGCUGUUUUAUUUGAUUCAGUCUUAGUACAUCCUUUGAUUUUAAAAUGAUACCCUGCAAACUUGAUUUGACACAAAACUGAAGGAAGUUUGGGGUAGGGGUUCGAGUUUGAUGGGCUCCUCAAGUUUACUGUAGAACAGGGUCUUCAAAUCCAGCCUUUGUGUCCAGUGUCUGGUCCUGGAUUUUGUACUCACUUGUUUUACACCUUACAGUCAACCUGAUAUCAAAAUAGACAAUUUUGGUUUUUGACUUUUUACAGCAUUUCACUUAUAAAAAGAUUGUAAUUUAAACAUUGAGAUGUGAACAUUCAGAGUGAUUUGAUGUUAAAUGGUUAACUGUAGAUUUCAAGCCAAAAUCUUCUCUCAAACAGGACAUCACACAGAUUUCUUGUGACAAUUUCAUGUUACUUUCUGCUAGGAAGCUUUAAGGUUCACACUUCAGACACCUGGUUCCUAUCACCACCUCUGUGAACAGUUCUGACUUGGUGAGUUUCUCUCAAACAUAGCAUUUCACAUUAAACCACUCUGAAAUGGCUUGGUUUAUAACCAUUUAAAGUUAUGUAAAAAUGUAGAAAAGUUGAUGGAAUUCCCCUUUAUGUGGUCCAGACUUGCUGGCAGGUCCAUUCCUCAAUCCUAUGACUUCAGUAUAAUUCUGGUUUAAACUACUUUAUAUGUAUUUACUGAAUAAUAAGCCAUAGAAUGUUUUAAAGCUGGGAAUUUAUGGUGUUAAUUCAAAUGUUGUAAGAUUUGUGAUUACAAAAUCCAGGACAUGAAAACUGGGUUUAAAUUCCAGAUCUGCUGUAGAUCCUUAAAUGUAAGAACCUGUCGGCAGAAGUAACUUAUAUAGCAUGUAACUCUUCUUUACAUCAUCUUAUUGCUGUUGUCGGAAAAAAAUCUCGUUAUUCAAUUUUUGAGAAUUUGAAAACGGCUGUUGUCUUUUACAUUUUGUGUAAAUUUCAUGAUGAACGGACCAAAAGAAACGGCUUAAAAUUACUUGGAAAAAAGUCUGGUUCCAUUGACUUGCAUUAAAAGUAAAGUAGGUUUUUUCCUUCUCCUGUAAAGUUACCAUUUUGGGGAGAGGUUUUCUUCCGACAACGGCGAUAUACAUAAUUAAUGGAAUUGAAACCCACAAACGGUGGAGCUCAGAAAGCAGCUAAAGAGGCAUCUUUAACAAGAAGUUUUAGUGAUGAAGCUGUUAAAGCAAAGUGGCUUGUAAGACCACCGUGUGUACGUUUUUACUGUAUUUGACACUUUGAAACCACAAGAAAUGUUCUCAGAAGGAAAAUCAUUCCCCUCCCCCUAAACGCUGGUUGUUCUCUCAAGCUGGCAGCGUGCUAAUCUGGUACUUUUCCAAGUGCGGUUUCAGGUUUGAGUCAGCAUUGACGAACUUUGAUUCAAGCACAACCACGAAAACGGUUGUCUGUUACAGAAAUAAACUGUAAAGUCCCUCAGCAAAUUUUUCCUUUAGCAUUUUCCAUUUAGCUUUUGAUGCCUCGCUGUAUAGUAGAGUUGUUUGCUUGCACUUUAUUGUGGGGUUGUGGGGGUGGGAUGGUGUUGCUGUGGAAGGGUUUCAGGAUGAUUUAAACAUUUUUUUUAUUUUUUUUUAUUGGUGUCGUCUGUUGAAUUUGUACGAGUGAAAACUAAUUCCUCUGUCAUAGUCAUACUUUUGUAGCAGCCACUUGUAGAUCAGAUUCACAUUCUCGUAGCGUCCACUCUUGGAAAGCUUAGACUGCUUGCUCAGAGAGUUUCCUACAUUACACAAAGCCUGGAUCGAGUACAAGCAAAUCACUUGUUCCACACUGCAAGCUGAUACUGAAUUAAAAGCAUCCAUCAAAUUCAUUUCACUCAUGAUUCACCACAACAUGCGGAAUGUGGUCACAUGUCUGAGCAGUAGUCUUGAGUACAAGCCUGUGCCUGCAUGAGAACAUUAACCGGAGGCAUUCUCUUGAGUCAAGGCUGGUUGUCAAUCAAGAGUGGGAGAAAAUGGAUUGGCAUGGACAAGAGACUGACCUUUACAUCUCACACCGAAUGCUGACAAGGUCCCGACUGUUGCUGCAUCUGUCUGUCUCUUUCUUUCUCAAUGCUAGUCAUGUUUUAGUGCUGGGUUUAUAGUUGUAGGUCUGUUGCACAGUUGAAGAUGCUGAAAUGUUUAACAGGAUGCCACAGUAGCAGCUAGAAAUCACAGUGCUUUCUAAAGGCUCAAAAGAACCCACUGUAUUCAGAGUUUCGUCAUUUUGUAAACAGUUGAAAAGCCAUAUACUUGGUUGUAUUUCAGUGUCACAGCAUGUACAGUUUUUGCCAUGAUCGCCAUGAAAGUUUGGCUGAAGUAGCUUUGGUGUUUCAUCAUUGCAUGGUCAGUCUUAAUGCUCGCAUUUCAGGCUGUACAUCUUUAUCAAAGCCUAGUGAACAUUAACUGUCAUUUAGCAGGAAACAGCUGUGGCAUCUGUAUUUUUGUGUGGUUUUUCACACAAGUGUUCCACUGAAAUCAUGACCCCACUUUUUUUUUUGUUUGAACUUGUUCAGUGAGAGGAAACAGUCAGACCUUUCAUUCUUGUGGUUUGUUGCUUCAGGUGAAAUGUGCCAAAAGUGCUGUUUUGUAUGAUAAGAAUUCUGCCUUUUUUUGUUUUGAUGUUUCAGAUGUUUUUUUAAUUAUUAAAAGUUGUGAGAACACAGAA